UGGGCGGUGUUUGUCCCGCACGUGACCAUCUACUACCAUGGCCGGACCAGGAGCUGCUUUCCGUCGCCUUGCUGCCUUGUCAGGAGCUGGAGCCUUGGGCUUGGCCACCUACGGGGCGCACGGCGCUCAGUUCCCGGAUGCCUACGGGAAGGAGCUCUUUGACAAGGCCAACAAACACCACUUCUUUCACAGUCUGGCCCUGUUAGGAGUACCCCACUGCAGAAAGCCCCUCUGGGCUGGGUUGCUGCUAGUCUCUGGAACCACCCUGUUCUGCACCAGCUUUUACUACCAGGCUCUGAGUGGAGAUACUAGCAUCCAGAUGCUGGGCCCAGUGGGAGGGAGCUUACUUCUCCUAGGCUGGGUUACCUUGGCUCUUUGAAGUCUGUUUUUAGUUACUGAGCUUUUCUGGGUAAUUUUGUGGGAAGAUGAAACAGAAAGGAAAUUAAAAAAGAAAAGCAAAGAA